AUGUCCAAACCAACACACCUCGAGCCCUCCGAGCUGGGCACCAAGGAAUACCGAAAUCCUCCAACCACGCGCAUAACCCCGCCGACACAGGCACCGUCUGAAGAAUCCUCCUUCCUCGACCUCGGCACCGGCAACGGAUCUCUCCUCUUCGGUCUGCGCGACGCCGGAUGGCAAGGGCGUAUGCUAGGCGUAGACUACUCACGACAGAGCGUCGAGUUCGCGCGGCGCAUCGCAGAGUCGCGAUCGCAAGACCCGGACACCGAAAGUGAAAAGCGGGUCGAGUUCCGCGAGCACGAUAUCCUUCAAACGCCGGCCUCUACGCUCUUGACUGAUGCGCAACAACCGCAGGGCUGGGAUGUCGUACUAGAUAAGGGCACCUUCGAUGCGAUAUCCUUGUCGUCAGAGACGGACCCUGCGAGCGGACGUCGUGUUAGUGAAUCCUAUAGAGCGCGGGUUGCGCCUCUCGAGUUGAAGAGCUGGUUCGAGGGUGCUAGAAAGGACGGAGAGGAUGACGGCGACGCGAGAGGAUGGCGGUUCGACUUAGUCGGUAGGGUUGAAUACCCCAGCUUUAGUUUUGGCGGCGUAAAGGGACAGACCAUUAGUAGUUUAUGCUUUAAGAAAGUCAGGGAUACUUAA